AUGUCAGAGCCAGAGAACAAAACUGGCUCUGAAUCCAACAUCCAUCGAAUUCAAGAGCGAUGGGAGAGUUUGAAUGAGAUGUUUCAAAACACCGAUCCUGAGCCUGCAGAGCCUGUCGGCUCUGCCGAUGACCUGGAGGCGGAAAUUCGUCAAGCUCAAGCUCAACUAUCGAGACUGAAGAAGCAGCGCGAGCUCAUUGAUAUUAAACAAAAGGUUGCAGAGGAGGAAAGGGAAUUGGAACGGGCUCGCACUCGACUUCUGGCCGUUACCACCCUGGAAGUUCCCCCGGCUACCCCAGCUUCGACUCCAAGAACGGAGCCCAAGCAGAACAGCAAGGCUGGUAUUGAUGAUGCCCAAAAGAAUGUUCAUCCUGCCCGAUCGGAUCAGAUUACCACAUCUCUGACUCAAGCUCCUGAUCGUCGUCCUUCCGACGCUAAGCCGUCCGAAUCCAAGCCUUCGCCUAAACCCACUAGCCUCGUGUCCGGUUUGAAUCUCGAGCAAUUGCGAGCCCUUGCAGCAGCUACCAGGUCCCCCGCCGCAUCCACCGUCAUCAAAACCGAACCUCGUUCCAAUCUGCAACCUUCCGCCCGACCUUUUCAUCCCGAAUCAUCAGCCCUCUCCCCACCGCCGCCCAAUGUGCCGGUAUACAACGGACGGGCUCUGGGAGAGUUCAAGAAUUUCUCUAUGGGUCUAGAACGACACUUUGAUAAAUAUCCGGACUGGUACAAGAUCGAGGAGCGAAAGGUCGCGCGGGCGCUUAAGCACGUUGCCCUUAAUAUCGAGGAUGAGUGGAAGCGACACCUACGUCACGUACCUGUCGAGAAGAUCUCCUACGGCGCUUUCUGCACUUUUCUUAUUCACCAACUCCAGAAUGGAGUCUACCCUGAUGUCGCCAGGUCCCGCUACAUGGAUAGCUAUCAACGACCGGCCCAGUCUGUGACUGAUUUUUCCAACUGGAUGCAGCAGUGGGUGCCGCAUUUCCCGAAUAACGACUCUGAGCGUGAUCGCAUGCGCCAUCUCUUUGAACAUCUGAUGAACAGGGUUCGCAAUGAGGCUGAUAAGACCCAUCUGGACUUCGAUAACUAUUACGACUUUGUCGAAUACCUCCAGCGGGUUGAGGAUUCUAUCGCUAGCCGCGCCGAAUCCCUUGGUCGCCGGGUUAUCAACCCUCGAAAGCGACCUCGCAGCCACGACUAA